AUGGAACCUAACAACUCCCGAGGGGCAGAGGCCCAACUAUGGCUCACCAUCGCCGAGAAGCUACUGAUCUCACGUGACUUCGUCGGAAGCAGAACGUUCGCGAUCCGGGUCAAAGAGUCCGACCCGAACAUCGAGUUCGCCGACCAAAUCCUAGCUGUUGCAGACACGAUAAUCGCCGGCGAGAAGAGAAUCAACAACCAACCUGACUGGUACGCGAUUCUCCAACUGGGUCGACAGACCCAUGACUCGGAACUCAUCGUGAACCAGUACCGGCGACUCGUUCUUCUACUCAACCCACAAAGGAAUCAGCUCGCCUUCGCAGAACAUGCCUUUAGGCUUGUCAUCGAAGCAUGGUCAGUUUUAUCAAACCCUUCGAAGAAAUUUGUGUAUGAUAAUGAGCUCAAUCUUUAUUUAAAGCUCACUACAAACCCUUUUGCGUCUGGGUGUUGGGCGAGUCGAGAACAAGAAACCCCCAAUCAUCAGCCACUACAGCAACAACCACCACCACAACAACCAGUGAGACAAAACCCUUUCAAGAACAGUAUUAAUUUUGAUAAUAGUGGUAAUCGUAGUGAGAAUAGUGUAAGAGAGGAGGGUUUUAGAUCAAUGCAUUUUGUCCAUGAUUCUGGGUCUGGGCCUAGUCGAGAACCAGAAAAUCAAAAUCGUCAACCGCUAGAGCAGCAGCAGCAGCAACAACAACAGCAGCAGCAGCAGCAGCAAGUGAGAGAAAACCCUUUGAAGAGCAUUUGUAAUAGUAAUAGUGGUGGUAACACUAUCGAGAAGAAUGUAAGAGAGGAGGGUUCGAGAUCAAUGCAUUUUGCAAAUGAUAAAAGUUCGACUUUUUGGACUGCCUGUCCUUAUUGUUACCAUAUGUAUGAGUAUCCUAAGGUUUAUGCAGAGUGUACCCUUCUGUGUCAGAAUUGUAAAAGGGCAUUUCAUGGUGUGGUGAUUUCAUCACCGCCACCGAUUGUGGAUGGGAAAGAAGCUUAUUUUUGCUGUUGGGGGUUUUUCCCUGUGGGGAUGUCAACGUCGAAUUUGCAGAAAAAUAAAGGGGGUUCGGGUUGGACGCCGUUUUCGCCCAUGUAUAAUUUUCCUCAAGUAGGGGAGAAUUAUGGGGGCACCAAGAAUGCGAAUAAAAAAAAUAACUCUGCUCCUAGGAUUUACGUUGAUGAUGAAGAUGUUUUUAUUGAAGUAUCGGAUCCAAGUGAAGAUUCUGAUGAUUUUGAUUGGGGUAGCACUAAACGGAAGAAGAAGAAGAAAGUAAAGGGCAUGAAAGCGAGGGGUAGGCCAGGUAGAAAACCUAAGAAACUGCAAAUGGAUAAGGGAAAGAAUGUUGAGGGUGGGGGUGGUGAGAGUUCGCAUCAUGGGUAUGUUAUGGAAGAGGGUGCACCGGGGCCUAAUGUGGUGAUGUCAGAGUCAAGUAAGAAAGCAGCUGCGAGCAAUACAAGAAAGCAACCUGCAAAAGUUGCCAAGGACUUGGGGAAAUUGGAUUUGAAUGUAGAGUUCAGUAAUGAGACUGAAGAGCCUGCCCCGGGAAGGCGUGCCCCGGGAAUGCGUGAAGGAACUGGAACUGGAACUGGGGAGGAGGAUAAUAUCGGAAAUGGCUUUUUUGAGGGUCUUGAUGAAUUCCUGAGUAGUCUGCCGAUACUCUCUGGUGUGAGUGAUGAUAAGGUUAAGGCUGCUUAGUGAACUUUUGCUUUAUCUGCUCCAUGGUCUGUAAUCUUGCUAGUCCUAUUACCUUCCAAGUAUGGAGUGCAUGCAGCGGAAAGCAGAGUGGAGCAGAGUUGGCUGCCCAGCCUAUGCCUAUGGAAGUUGAAUUCCAAUUUUGUAAAACCUGGUUAAACUGAACCUUGAAUUGUCUUUACGUAAUUGUUCACAUCGUCUUUCUUCAAAAGUCUCCAUUUUUCAUGCUAAUUAUUGCUUGCCAUCUACUCUUUUAUCAUUCUUUUCUAUGUUUCAUUUUGCUUUAGCUGCCAAACAUCCUGCCUGAAGGAGACUCUUAUGUUGCUGGUGAUUUUAUUUUUUAUUCUCUCUGGAAAAUUGGCUUGUUUGAUCAAUCCCUUGUGGUUUCUUGAACUCAUGAUUCAUUUCAGUUUCCCGUGAAAAUGUGACAUACUGAACUUGGCAACAUGGCAUUGAUGGGCUUGUGUGGAAAUGACUCUGGAUCAUGGCAUUCUCCUGCUGAUACUCAUAGGGCUUCAGUAAAAGUUGUUCUAUUCCAGACUAUAGCUGAAACCUAUGUCAUGGACCAGAAUAAGACAAAGACAUGGAAUCGAAAGAAAUAGUAUAUAUUUGUUUUAGAGCUGCUGCAUGCAUGUCCUCCACCACAGAUAACAAUGUCAUGCACACUGUACCUCAUCUGUACGCUUUCAAUAUCCCUGCAAACUGGCUUAUCAACCUCGUGAAGAAAAUUGAACUCUAAUCCCACAUUGGCCUAGCCUUGGUAAGUGAUUGCCGUGGUGGGGAAGAUCAAGCAAAUCACAAGAAUCACAAAUUUAAGGAAAAAUGUUUCCAGUCAAUUCAAUUUUCUUGCUUGGCUAAUGAAUCCUUUGUGGGGUUGUAAACUCACGCUCCAGGUCAAUUUUUCAUGGAUUGUUUUUUGUUACUAAACCUGGAAACAUGACCUGACAGGGCCUAAAAUUCCUGCGCUUUGUAGUUGCUGAUCGUGUUUUUUCUAUCAAGUGUGCAAAAAUCAGCUUCCUUGUUUGGUAUGAAGUGUAGAAUAAAAUGUGUUUGUAAUCAUUCCAACCUGUUUGUUAUGCUUCUUGUUGUUUAAUUGUUAGUGCAAUAGGAUCUUUU